GUGGAGGGCGCGGGCUGGUGCGGUGGGAGCCUGUUCUGUCAACGCCGGACGGGUCGUGGCUGUGACGAGGUCCGUCUGGAAAAGGCCAAAAGAGCAGGGCCACUUACGGAAGAAACAAAAUGUCUCAAAAGCAGAUGAAGGAAGCUUUUGUCAAUAACCUCAACGGAACCAGCGUGCUGGAAGUGACCCAGGGCUUGUGCUUCCCUGCAUUCUGUAUCCUGUGUCGAGGCCUUUUGAUCAUUUUCUCACAGCACGUGUGUUCUUUCUCACACAGCUGGAGCACACGCUUCUUCAUGGACUUUGUUGUCCUUGUAGUCCCCUUGGUGAUCACUUUGACUCUAUUGUCUCCCUUUAUCCUACUUGAGAAUCUCACUGCAAUUGCCUGUGGGGCAUGGCUGUUGUAUCAGAUCUACCAGAGGAGGACUUGCCACGCCAAAGUGCCUGUUCAGAAAGUCUUUGCAAACUUCUUGCAAAUCAGCCUAGAAUCAGAGUACAGUCCAGCCGUCACUUAUUACCGGGUCAUUAAUAGUGUGUUUACUGCUAUUGCCAUUUUGGCUGUGGAUUUCCCACUGUUCCCUAGAAGAUUUGCCAAAACUGAGCUUUAUGGGACAGGGGCAAUGGAUUAUGGAGUAGGUGGCUUUAUUUUUGGGGCUGCAAUGGUUUGUCCAGAGGUUAGAGGGAAACAUAUAGAAGGGUCCAGAUUUAAUUAUCUUAGAAAAUCACUGUAUUCUGUCUGGCCCUUAGUUGUCUUAGGAAUGGGACGGUUAGUCAUUAUAAAAUCCAUAGGCUAUCAGGAACAUUUAACUGAGUAUGGUGUUCACUGGAAUUUUUUCUUUACUAUCGUAGUUGUGAAAUUAGUAACAUCACUUCUUUUGAUUAUUUUUCCUUUAAAUAAGUCCUGGAUUGUGGCUGUUAGCAUUACUGUGUUAUACCAGCUAGCUCUUGACUUUACUCCACUCAAGAGGAUAAUUUUGUAUGGUACUGAUGGUAGUGGCACAAGAGUUGGUUUACUAAAUGCCAACCGGGAAGGCAUAAUUUCCUCUUUGGGGUAUGUGACAAUAUACAUGGCUGGUGUGCAAACAGGGUUGUAUGUGCUUAAGAAUAGAACACACAUCAGAGACUGGAUAAAAGUGACUUGUUGUAUUCUCUUAGUGGCUGUUAGCUUUUUCAUUUCCCUUUAUAUAGUUCAAGUGAAUGUAGAAGCCGUAUCUCGAAGAAUGGCCAAUUUAGCCUUUUGUGUGUGGGUGGUUGCUUCUAGCCUGAUGCUUCUUAGCUGUCUGUUACUGAGUGAUAUAAUUUUGAGUUUUGCCAAAUUUCUAAUUAAAGGGGCUCUAGUACCAUGUUCUUGGAAACUUAUACAGUUGCCUGCUACAAAUAAAAAACAUUCCAAACCUCUAAUCCUAGAAGCUGGGAAAAAAGAGCCCAGUCUUUGUUUAAUCACAGCUCUGAACAGAAACCAGCUGUUUUUUUUCUUACUGUCAAAUGUAACAACUGGUCUCAUUAACCUGACAGUGGAUACACUGCACAGUGGUGCCUCCUGGACUUUAGUUGUGCUUGGUAUUUAUAUGUUUGCCAACUGCUUAGUUAUCUAUCUACUUGAUUUACAAGGUAAAACCACAAAGUUUUGGUGAUGAAUUUGUAGGCUAUAUAUAUUUGAACAGCAUUAUUUUAGUGGAGGAGAAUAAAUGUGAAGGAAAUGUGCUCUCAGCAAUCCAGUUUUUUUUUUGUUUUUUUUUUUAAAGCAGAUCCCAUCUUUUUAAAAAUUGCCCAUGGGGAAGACCACGCACAUCACUGGGCACUGGGGGAUAGGACACUAGCUGGAAGCAUGGCCUGGCCUGCAAGGAUGAUGGGGGACGUGGAUCUGGCCUCACUGUGGCCACUGGUGAACAAUGGAGAUGACCUGGUCAGCCUCAGCAAAGACUGGGAACAGCGGUCGUGUGGUGGAUGUAAAGCACCUCCCUGAGGCAGACUCACAGAAGACCAGCUCUCCUACUUGGAGGUCCGGCAGCACGCCCAGCUGUGCUGGGUACCGAAACAACGCCAGAGGCUCAUGCUGCCCAUUGUGUGAGAAAUGGAACUCUUGAUCAUAAUGGGAGAAGACCCAGGAGAAGGCAUUGUGGUCCAGGCGGCAGUCCCUACCAGAACCCUCUCCAGGCAGCUGGGCUGAGGCUACACCCACUUUAUAAGCACAACUGUGCUGAACAUUCACUAUCCAGGCAUGGAGUCCGGCUUGGAAGGUGGUGGCAGCCAAGGCAUUAGGCCAGAGGUCAAAGAGCAGGCAUUGGACCUCUUGGCACUGAAGGUCAGGGUCCUUCGAUCUUCAGACAAAUGCAACAAGGGGUUGACAGUCCUCCUCCUCCAUGCCUGAGAGAAACCUGAGACCCGAUAUUGCCCAGAGCUGAGUCAGUAGUGGGCUCCAAGCGCUCUUCUCGUUAAAACUUAACUUGUCCGACUCCUGGGGAUCCAAAAUGCCCUCUGCUUCCUCAAUUCUCUCAACAAUCUCGUGUACCUUCUGAAUACACUGGAGGUCAUCCAGAUGGGUGAGCAUCAGGCUGGUACGGAGGGUGUCCAGCUUUUUCAAUGCCUCAGUCCAAUGUGCCCGCUGAGUCAGGAUACUCUGGUGAGCCCGCUCCUGAGCACUUGCUCCAGCAAUCACUGUUCCUUAGGCUCACACAGGUUCCUCACCAGGCUCAACCUCUGGAUAACCAGCUCCCUCGCUGCACUAGCCGUGCUCACUGCUUCUGGUUCUUCCCUUGCAGGACCUCCACCACAUUCUUGGUGAUGCCAGCGCUCUGUAAUUGCAGCCUCUCACAUUGGUCCACAAUCUUGUUUCACAGCUCCUUGACAGAUGCCGUGCCCAUCACAGCAGCCGCCCAACCUGAUGCAGGCGGCGCAUACCAGCCAUCUCUCGAAGAGGCAGAACCUGCUCAGAGGCUCUCUGUGCUCAGAACAGAACUGGUCCGGCUCGGAUCCCAGCCGGAUCCCAGCCGGGGUUCCUGCCCCAGCCCUGGCCGGGACUCUGGCUCUGAGGCGGAGGCAUCCACGGACAUGGCUGAGCGCCAGACACCGCGCUCCACUUGUCUCGCAGGUGCUGGGGACGUGGUUUCUUUUUUCAGCAAUCCAGUCUUUUUUUUUUUUUUUUUUUUUUUUGGUUUUUUGAGACAGGGUUUCUCUGUGGUUUUGGAGCCUGUCCUGGAACUAACUCUUGUAGACCAGGCUGGUCUCGAACUCACAGAGAUCCGCCUGCCUCUGCCUCCCAAGUGCUGGGAUUAAAGGCGUGCGCCACCACCGCCCGGCUAGCAAUCCAGUCUUAAUCAUAUUUUAUUAUGAAGUUUCAAUCCUCUAUAAGAGAAAUUAAAGUUUACUUUUUUUUUUCUUUUGAGGAAGAUUCUUGCUACUGUACCUGGAUGUGUAAUACAUUCGGACAUUAUGUAAAACAAACUAACAGAAGUGGUGAAAGGCUUUAAUCACAGAGCAUGAGAGGCAGAGACAGGCAGAUCUCUGGAUCUCUGUGAGUUCCAGGCCAGCCUGAUAUGCAUGUUGAGUUUCAGGACAGCAAGGGCUAUGUCAAGAGACCCUCAAGAAAAAAAAAAAGUGAAACGAAGUCUUGUGACUUACUGGAACUUAUGUCAGUAUUUUAAAGAACUUAUUCACAAGAUUUCAUUUUGUCUGGAGCUCUCUGUGGUACUUGUACCUCAGCCUCAGCACUGAGAUUUCAGGCAUGAGCCACCACACCCAACCUGUCAGUAGUUUUGACACUGGAAAAUGGAGGGUGGGAUUUUUUACUUUCUAUAUAUCAUUCCAUUGUAUUUGUGAUUGUUUGUAUGAAUAUAUAAUUGUAAAAUUAUUUUUGUGUUACAUGAUGUUUACAUUAAGAUAUUUAUGAAUUGUCAUUUAAAAAUUUUGUAUGUGUGUAUAUUUUGCCUGCAUGUAUGUACAUCACAGGUGUGCAUAGCUCACAGAGGCCAGAAAAGGGGGUUAGAUACCUUGGGACUGGAGUUACAAAUAAUUGUGAGCUGCCAUAUAUGAGUGCUAGGAAUUGAACCUGGAGCCUCUGGAAGAGAAGCAAGUGCUCUGAAUCACUAAGCCAUUUUUUUCCCACUUCCUUUAUUUCAUUUAAUUGGGAAUCUCACUAUGUGUGCUGAUCUGGAACUCAAUCUGUAGAUCAGGCUGUUCUCAAACUCAUAGAGAUCCACCAUCCUUUGCUUCCUGAGAGUGUGAAUCAAAAGUAUGUACCAC